AGAGUAUUUGCAAGUAUACACUUCCGCUUGGAAACGAAUCUCGAAUAAACACGUUUUUUCCAAAAUAAAAGAUAUUUUAGAGCUUCAGCAAAUAUGGAUCUUCCGGUGAUGCAGGGCUCAACCAAGAGGUAUGAAAUUCCACUCGGCCAUCUGGAUUUCUCCUACAUCAACAAUUGUGCUGAUAUAAAAGAGCUAGAAAAGAUAUACAGGGUAUUAAAGUCUAAAGAGGAGGGUCAUUAUGAGCAGCUGGAAAGGUGUUGUGAAGAGAAAAUUAAGGAACUCAACCCAAACAGCCGUCUCUUGCGCAAGGAAAUCCCACUUUCUAGCAAGGGUGACCUUGAACUGGAUGAAAGGCAACAGCUUGAUGAGGACCUCAAGAGCUGGACAUCCAACAUGAAAUACAUGGACUCUGGAGUGAAAGGGGAAAUUAUUGAGGGACAAGCAGAUGAACCAGAGUUGCCUCCCAUUAGAUCAGGGUCAAUAACUCUUACAGCUGAUGGAGCUAAAUCCAACAAACCAGUAAAGUCUAACAAGCGUGUGAUGCCAAGAGAGUACAGAGAUUGGGACAAGAUUGAUGUUGACAAAGAACUUGAAAAAGUCGAUGAAGCUGACAGUAAGGUCAGCGAGCGGACCUUUAUCGGCAAUCGAGAGAUGACAAAUCUGCCGGAAACUGUAGAUACAACAGGACUUUCUGAGGCUGAAAAACGCAUGAAGGCUGACAGGGAGAAAGACAAGGGAAACGAGGCUUUCAGAUCCAACGACUUUAAAGAGGCUAUCACCUAUUACUCCAGAAGUAUUUUCCUGUUCCCCACAGCAGCAUCUUAUAACAAUAGAGCACUAGCUCGCCUGAAGUUUACGCAGUGGCAGGAGGCGAUAGAUGAUGUGAACACUGUGUUGAAGAUGGAACCUGACAAUGUUAAAGCAUUGAUGAGGCGAGGUAUGGCGUACAAGGGACUGAAGUGUUUUGACAAGUCUCGCAGGGAUCUGGAAGCUGUGGUCAGCAAAGAACCAAACAACAAAAAGGCACAGGAUUUGCUGGCUGAAGUUGCAAAAGAGAAACAAGAAAUAAAGAAAAAGGGUAGAAGAAUGAAGAUACAAGAAGUGGAAGAGGGGGAGGAAGGGGAGACUACUCCAGUAAGAAAUGGCAACUCAGAUUCAAAGGGAGAUAACUUUGACAAUACUGCCAACAAGGAAGGUGUUAGUGAACAAAAAGGGAAAGAUAGUGGUAAAACCGCCAGGAGAAUGAAAAUUGAGGAGGUUGAUGAUGAAGAAGAAAAAGAAACUGAGAUCAGUGUUAAUGGUAAUUUAGCUAAAGAGGUAAUAAGUGAAGAAAAAGUGAUUAGCAAACAGGAAGCAACUGCUAAAGACAUUUGGGGGGAUUAUGAUGGACAAACAGGAAAAGCUACUGUUGGUAAACAAAGAGAGACGCCUGCUGAAAACGUUUUUGACAACAGUGAACAAGACUUGAAAAGCAAUAAAAAUGGUACUGUUGAAUCAUUACCAGAGGAAAAGGAUCCAAGUAAGAAACAAAUAGCUGUAGAAAAUGUCACAAAAGAAGGCAGAGAAUCACCAGUGGCUGUCGAGAAAGACUAUAAACCUGACAGUACAGAAACAGAUGAAAGUGAUACUUCAGAACAUGAUGAUGCUACCAAUGGGACUGAAAAUAACACGGAGGAUGAAAAUAACACUGGAACCGAGUCAGAAGAUUCUAAACCAGCUCCAGUGCAGCAUAUUAAGAGACCAGUGUUUUUCAUGACUGAGUACCCUACUAAUUGUGUGAAGUUGAAGGAAGAGGCUACAAAGUACUUCAAAAAUGGACAGUAUGGGGAGGCAGCUUUAAAGUAUACAAAGAUAAUUGAGAUACUGGAAAAGACUGAUAACCAGAUUGUAAACCUCUCUCUGAUGUUGAGUAAUCGUGCUGCGUGCCAUUUGAAAAUUGGGGAACUACCAGGGGCUGUGAAGGACUGCUCGGCUUCACUUGGACUGGUGCCACACAGUGUUAAGCCUUUGUGCAGGAGGGCCAGUGCCUAUGAGCAUUUAGAAAGAUUUGACCGCGCCUAUUGUGACUACCGACAUGUGUUGUUAUUGGAUAGCAGAGUUGAUCAGGCACAUUUGGGAACUAAGAGGUGUCAGGACAUGCUGCAACAAAAAGACGGGCCAAAAUGGAGGCAUAAGUUGCAUCCCCCAAAAGUCAACCCAACAGAAAUUCCCGAAAUAGUUUGUCUAGAUGGGAAAUCAAUAGGCUCUGUUGUAUUAACUCAACCUCCAGUAACCAGCCAGUCACAGGAAAGCACACCUGUGCCUAGCCAAUCAGUCUCAAGUAAUGUGACUCCAGUCAGCCAAUCACAGCCGCCUACACAAAAGAGUAGCCAGUCAGAAGAAAGAAAGAGUAAACCAAUAGAAAAAGAUGAAAAGCCAAAGGAAAGGUCCAAGCCUACUCCUCAACAACAGUUUGAUGCUCUGAAAGCUCAAGGAAAUGAGGCUGUUAAAAAGGGAAAUUUCCGAGUGGCAGCUCAGUUAUAUACUCAGUGUGAAGGAGUAUUACCAGAUCAGACAGUCACCUACACAAACAGGGCUCUGUGCUACAUUCGACUUAACCAGACCAAAGAGGCAGAAGCAGACUGCAGUAAGGCCUUGACCUUGGAAAAAGAUAAUGUGAAGGCCUUGUUCAGAAGGGCGCAGGCUAGAAAGAUGUUGAAAAAAUAUCGGGAGGGAAUAGAAGACUUGAGUCAUCUUCUGAAAGUAGAUCCCAGCAAUGCAGCAGCCAAAAAGGAGAUGGAGGUCCUAAAGAACUACUGGAGACAGGAGCUACAAGAAAUGAAGGACAACAUAGAAAAGGAAAAGAAAGAGAAAGCAAAGUUAGAAAAACAAAGCAAGUCUAAUCAAAGUGAGAAGGGAAGUAAGCCAAGAAAGCGCAUGGUCAUUGAGGAGGUAGAAAGUGAUGAAGAGUCUUCAGAAAGGGGGACAACUCAUGAAGGUGGCCAAAAAUCAACAAAGGAUCCGUCUUCAAAAGGAAGCAAGAAUGAUACCAGCAAACCCCAAAUCCAGGAAGUAAGCGAACAAAAGCCACCGGCCACAAAACCAACAAAACAAUCAACUAAACAAUCAACAUCAAAAGACGAACAAAAAGAAAAGAAACAACAAAAGAAAUCAACAACCGUCACAGAUACAAUCACUGGUUUGCCGUCUGUACCGAAGUCAGGGCCAAAGUUAGACAAGGCAACACCUUUUGAGUUUAUAUCAGCUUGGAAUGCUUUAAAGAAGUCGGAAACUGUGGAGCCAUACUAUGAUCUCUUAAAGCAGAUUAAACCAUCCGAUAUAAAGACUGUGAUUUCCAACAAACUGGAUGGAAGCAUGUUAAACAUCAUCACCCGAUGUGUAGCAGAACACUACCUGCCUAAUGGGGAAAACAAUGAGAGUUAUGCGAUUCUUAAGAACCUUUCAACUGUGCCCAGAUUUGGAUUUAUAACCAUGUUUAUGUCAGCUAAGGAUAAAACAGAUGUGGAGUCAGUUAUGAGUCAGCUGACCACUAAAGCAUCCAAGGUCUACAACUCUGGCGACAUACAGGCGUUAAGGAAGAGUUAUGGGCUUUGAGUUGUGAAUUUUAAAUGAGCAUGGUUAAUGAAUGAUAAUUGACAAUUCACUAUUGUUUUUAUGAUUGGUAGUUUAUUUAUGAGCAUUUGUUUUGUUGGAACCAUUUUGUUGAGGAGGAAAUGAAGUUACUUACACCAGUUGAUUUGUGAAUUUAUUUUAUCCAAUGGACUUUCAAGUUUUAUUACAAACCUUUGUUGUGAACACCAAAGCAAAAAUUGAUUCAUAAAUGUUGUUGCUUCGCCUUACAAGUUAUUUCCUGCAGCGAUAAAAAUCAUGCAAGAGGACACUUGAUUCCUGAAUUUUACUUAUAAUGGCAUUUGUAUUUAUCAUUAUGCACCAGUCAAUUGUAAUCACGCCCCCCCCCCCCCCCCCAGGUCCGGGGAAUAGCAGGGACUUUGUCUUUCGGUCCAGCCAAGCCCGGGUAAGAUCCCCGUCCUUCGGGGACGAACUGCCGGUAAAAUCCCCUCAGGGACCCUAGGUUAGGCCCAUUACCCGCUAUUUUUGGCGCAAAGACAAAACCACCGCAUUCACCCGGCACUGCGGAUCCACCUGGAAGGUAAAAACACAGCCCAUUUCCCCGGCUAUCCCCGGUAUACCACUGGACCUGAGUUGGGGGAGCGAGGUUACAAUGACUGGUGCAUUAUGUAUGUUGGUGCAUUAUUUUCAAUCCCUGUUAUAAUAGGUGUUUACGAUACUAUCCUUUGUGGCAAUGUAUUUAAGUCGAUACUUUCUUAUUUGAUGCAUAAUGGGAGUUUAAACCAGCUGUUAUUUUGUUUGAUAUAUUGCAGAAUAAAAAAUAUGAAAAAAACGA